AUGAAUGAUUGGGUUUGUUUUAAAAUUGUUAGAUGUGAGUGUGAUACUAUUAAUGAUAAUCUUAAUAGUAGUGUUAGUAUGAUGUGUGAAGAAGAUAUUGAUGAUGUAUUAGAUAAAAAUACUUUCUUUGCAAACAUCUUUGCAAUAAUGAAUAAAAUUUAUAAUUGCGACUUGUGUGAUGAUGAAAUGAGUAAAUCAGUAGUGGCUACCACUGGUGAUGGUGGCAACAACAGCGGUGCGUCAAGUCCACCAUUGUCAAACAAAAAGACACCGAAGCGAUACUUGCACAACUAUGGAAGAUACUCUAGUAUCUAUCAACACCCUUUAGCACUGUGGGCAGAGAAGUGGUGGCGUCGUGCCAUUUCAAUCACAAUGAUCGCACUGGUGUUUGUGGUGCUCACUGCAUUGUUCCCCGUGUUGGCAGUGGCCGCACUCAUCGCCGAUAUUGUACUCUAUAAGAAGCGUAACGGUUUCAACUACGUUCGUGUUUUAGCAUUUUUCGAGACCUACCUGGUGAUCGAGUUCAUUGCGAUCAUCUCUUGUCUUAUCAUCUACAUUCUCUACAUGAUUAGCUUGGUGGUUGCCGGUGGCGAUCGUGAUCGUUCGCGUUGGGACCGCUGGAACUUCUGGUACCAAUCGUGGUGGGGUGGUGUCAUGCUCUUUGGUUGGAGCAUGCGUGCCAUGGGACUUUCGGUUCAGAUCGAAAUCAAGGGUGGUGAAGAAGACUUUAUUGCGCCAUGGAGCGACGCCAACAUUCGUGAGCGUGUCGCCAAAGCCAUCGGUAUCAAUCCAAAGAUUAUGUUUUUGAGACAUGCUAGUUUUGCCGAUACUCUAGUUCCACAAGGUAUAUUAUCACACUUUUUCCAUCUUAGAUACAUUGUCAAGCAAGAGUUGCUCUGGGAUCCAGGCUUAGAUAUUUCAGGUUCGAGAACACCAAACUUUUUCCUCUUCAGAGAUGCCGGUGCCGAAGGUAUGGAUAUUGAAAUGGAAGCAAUCAAGAAUUUAGUUAGAGAUUUCAAACCAAAGGUAAUAAUUGUAGAAGCAAGUUGUAUCGAUUUAUAUGGUAAUGAAGUUACUUGUAUUUGGCCAGAGGGAACUAGAUUCUCAAAGUCAAAGAGAGAGAAAGUAUUGGAAAGCUUGAAAAAGAAGGACGAUCCAAAGUAUGAGUUUGCUUCAAAACUCAAGCACACUCUUUUACCAAGAGUUGGUGGUGCUCUUGCUCUUUUAGAAUCAAAUACAUGUGGUGAUGUUUAUGAGGAUAUUCCAAAGACCAGACAAGAGAGAAUCGAUUGGAUCCUCAAGAACUGGGUCGAUAUCGAUACUUGGGUAGAGCAACAACAACAACUCGAAAAAUCCGAAUCGAAAAAGAAAUUCAACUAA